CUGUCAAUGUGUUAUAAUGCUAAUCAACAUUAGCUAAAGGUUUUGUACGUGAGCUCAUAUAUAGAGAUCAAAUGGCAGAAAUUGAAAAUAAGAGUGGAGAUGGGAGGUGGUCACUUAAGGGCAUGAAUGCCUUAGUAACCGGCGGCACCAAAGGCAUAGGGUAUGCUAUAGUGGAGGAAUUGGCAGGUUUUGGUGCAACUGUUUAUACAUGCUCUCGUAAACAAGAAGACCUGGAUAAAUGUAUCCAAGAAUGGAAGAGCAAGGGUUACAAGGUAACAGGGUCAGUAUGUGAUUGUUCAUCUACCCUUCAACGCCAGCAGCUAAUGGAGAAAGUUGCAGAUUAUUUUAAUGGGAAGCUCCACAUUCUUGUGAACAAUGCUGCAACAGCUUUUCCAAGGAAAGCUACUGAUUCCACUGCUGAGGAUUACUCAGUGAUUAUGAGUACCAAUUUUGAGGGACCCUAUCACCUCUCUCAACUUUCACACCCUCUUCUAAAGGCAACUGGAAAUGGAAGCAUAGUGUUUAUCUCUUCUGUUGCUGGGCAAUUUGGAGUGCCUACUCUUUCUCUCUACUCUGGAUCCAAAGGAGCAAUUAAUCAAUUGACAAAGAGUUUGGCGUGUGAGUGGGCUGAAGACGGUAUUCGUGUUAAUGGUGUGGCUCCAUGGUUCGUUGAGACUCCACUUUAUCAAGAACAAUUGGUGCAGCCAGCUUUUACAGUAGUUGCAGAGAGAGCAUUAGAAAGAACUCCAAUAAGCAGGGAAGGAAAGCCUAAUGAAAUCUCAUCACUUGUUGCCUACCUGUGUUUACCAGCUGCUUCUUGGCUCACUGGACAAAUUAUCACUGUGGAUGGGGGCAAAACUGCCUAUGCCUUUUAGUUAUCCACUUCAGUCAUGAAUGUGUUAUUGAAAUAAUGGCUUUUUUUUAAAAAAAAGUUUGUUUGAUGUGGGUGUCUUAUAUAUUUAGGAAUAACAUUGUGUGCCUGUCGCACUAGACAUUGUGAAGAGAAGUAUUAAAAAAAUCCCAUAUUUUAUGAUAUGGAGAGUCUAUUAAAUAAAUGUUGUAUUUAAUUUGAGCGUAUCAAUAAUAUACUUUUUUUUAGAGCUUCAAA